AUAUUUCGGCAGCAAGAUGAAACCUAUUUCGCUCGGGCUCCUGAUUAUGGCUGUAUCGAUUGUGGCUGUAAGUGGUGGAACAUACCGUUUUGAAUUGGACAACUUUAAGUCAGAAGAAAGUUCCUAUCUUCCUGGCAACGUUAAGCAAGUCAAGCUUGAGGUUAACCCUCAAUACGCACAAUCUAUGCCGGUGGACUAUAUUAAACAUCUUAAUGAUGUCUUAUCUUCUGGAAAUUUUCUUGAUAAUGAGGCGCCUGAAAAUAAUAGAAAUGUUUCAGGUAAUGGAAAAGAUCUAAGUGAUGGAUGUCAGAAUCAGACUCAAGGUGGAGAACAAAAUCUUAAGGAUACUACUGAUCAUUCGGCAAAAAUUUUUAAGACUGAAAUUCGCGUUCAAAUAAUUUCUUCAAAAACUGAACAAGAAGAGAGCAGCUCUUCCAACAGUGACAGUGAGGAGCAGAAUGAAAAGGGGGCUAAACAGAACAUUGAUAAACCUUGUGAUAAAAAAAAGGUUAAGAAAACUCAAAGUUCCUUAGGCAGGAAAGAAGGUCUCGAGCAGAAUCAAGAAGGGAAAAAUGAAUGCGACGGCGAAACUUGUACGCACACUUGAAAUCUAUAAGCUUCUCUAGUUUCUGAUAUGUGAUGAUGUGCUAAAUACACACAUUUAAAUUUAUUGAAGACUAAAAA